UCAGAGAGAGUGUCCGAACAUUAUGUUAAGGGAGAAUUGUGAAAUCUUGAUCAAGUAGAAUUGUGGUUAAAUCCAUGUGUGUUUUUGUCUGUAGACUAAAACAAGUGCUGAGAUCCGCCGAGAUCUCAAUAACGUAUUUUAUUAAUUACAGUAAAUCUGUAGAUUAAUCUACCUCACUCUAACGAGCUGAGAUGGUUCAGCGCUAAAAGAUAAAAUCCAAAUAGUGCUUUGUGGUUGUUAAGUGUGAGAUGCGCCGUCAUUUCACAUAAAGCACAUAAGCCGUGCAUAAAACAUGCCAGCUUAGGGCAGUAUACAUCGCCAUAGUAACAGCCAUAACCCGGAAGUUCCAAGAGACCUUUUCCAGGGUAAUUUGAGACAUUUGUACGCAAAUAGCCUAGCAUGACCUAAGCUAACUGAAGCUAACACCUUGACAUUGAAGCAUAUGCAAAGCUAGUAGCCUUGAAGGCUAGCAGUUAGCACAGAGCAUUUUUGUGGGCUUAAAUACAGUGUGUUUUGCAGUGGUUGAAGUGUUGAAGUGACUUUACAUCUGUUACAUCUGAACUUUAACUCACCCUCACCUUAUUCUUUCUCUCUUUUACAUUUAUUAAUCUCUCUCUUCUCCUCCCAUUGAAAAGAACGUUGACAAAUGCAAACUUGAUAAACGUUAGCUUGUUUACUCCUAUCAGUUGAAACGCUGUUGUUUUGUUAAUAAUUAAUGAUGGUUCUCAUCCUCAUUACUUUAAUGACACGCGAUUAAUUCACUUAUAAUUGCUCUUAUAAUCUAAUGACAACAACAUUAGAGAUGUUAAUCCUUGAACUGUCAAUAUUGCUCUGAAAUUUUAAUUUCUUCUGCAGUUAAGUAGGCUUUUGACUACCGUGUUUCAAGAUACUUUUUGAUUAAUCUGAAUUGCUCUUAGCAAUUUUAAGGAUAACAAUUACAUUUUAAACAGGAAAUACUUUUUCUAAGUUGAAAUUUGAACUUCAUUUGCAAUUAAGUUUUGGUUCUACCCGUUAGGCCUUCUUUUCUCUCUCCGUCAGUUAUUUAAUUAACUCAACCCAAAUUUUCCUAGGUUUUCCCAUUUGGCUUAAGCCUGUUAGUGGCAAACCCCCAAAAGAAAAUUUAGGGUUUUCCUCAAUACUUAGGUUAGUUAGUGUUACCCUGCUAACGCAGCAACACCAACCCCCUAAGUGUAUCGACUCAACAGCGCCACCACCCUGUCAUUUUUCCUAACAUUGGGAGCAAAACUUUUCUUCUUCUCUCUCUCAGCUCUCUUUGACUACUGUUGCCGUUUUGGGUUUGUAUCUGUGAGAAUCAUAAAAGCAGAGAACUUUAGAAACAUUUAACAAAGUUUGUGAAACUUGAACACUUCGUUUCAAAAUUGUCUGACUCUCACCCUACCUUCCCUUCUCACGCUGGAAUCCUACCCAGCUAAGGCUAAAGUAGAUCAACAAAGGAACUGAUAGGCGUCCGCCAUAUAUUGAACACGCAGCUAGAAACGCUCUGGUUGGUGUUUGGUUGUCAAUCCUACUAGCUGAGAAACCAAUACUGUCAUUGCUAUCAUUUUUCUUCCGCCCCGGAGAAAUUUUAAUAGCAAUCACAGUCCUGGUAUUUAGAAAUCCCAAUUUCCAAAGCCCUGUCUAGAAGCAUCCUUCUAAAUCAAACGUAACAUUUUUAAUUGUACUCAUUCUGUAACCAGAAAAGGUUAUUUUGUGUUGUCUUUCUCUCUCAUCUUACCAGUAGCUCUAAUCUUUCCUUACAAAAAAAGAAAACCCUUUCUUUUAUAGGAAAAGUGGAAGCAGCCAAAUAUUAUUCUGUUCCUUGUUCUGUUUGUUACUCUUCUUUUCUCCCUCUGUUCUCUAGCUGUGCUACCUGUGUGUGCUUAUUAAUUUUCUCCACAGAGACUACAAAUUAGAAGCACGCCCACCAGAGAUUCACAGUCGAUGAGAACUACACUCACCUGCCCAUUACGCACUCAACAUCAACCCACAUUGCACAUUUACACCUCUGUUUUGCCUUGUUCUGGUUUUGUUUUGUUUUCUCCUCUUCAAGGUCUGUGUCAGUCUAGGUUCUAGAUCUCCCUCACCACGUCCAAACAUGUCUCGCACAACAGACCCAGUUGGCCACUGGGAGGACCUGGAGACAUGGCUAAGUGUUGCAACAGACAGCCUCCUACCUAAGGCUGCUGAAACACUGAAGCAUCAGACACAGGACCAGCUGGAUAACAACAUAACAAGCCUCAUGAGACAAGACCCAAGUCAGAGCUACAAACACAAAGAACUUGCCAAGAUCACCAGCUCCUUAAGCCACACACUCAUGGCCACCCUUAAGCUGAGCGACAGGCACGCCGCCCAUCUCCAGCAGGAGCUAACACACGCACAACGAUGCGUCGAACAGCUAGAACUGGAGGCUCAGGAACGACGGGAAGGACCUGAUGAAGUGGAACAAGGCGCAGAGGAGGAGAUCACCAGGCUAAGAGAGACACUAGUACCUACUACACAAGAAAUGGAACAAGUCAAGACAGACUACGCUGAUCUCUCCAACAAGCUACAGUAUGCGGAACAGCUCCUUGAAAAGGCCAAGGCAGACUUCAGAGACAAGAAUGGCAGAAUUAAAGCCCUUGAAACUCACCUGGAUGAGUCAAGAAACGAGAUCAGCCGCCUAACACGACAGCUGGACUACAUCAAAGAGGAGUCAGACAGCUUCAGAGAGGAACUCACACAUGCCUACGAGCUGCGCUCUGAGCCUCCAAGGACACGACGGACACCAGUCUCACCCCUGCCAAGCAGGCCCGGGUCCCCUGUUCCUGGACUGACACAUGAUCAAAAGGGGGAGGGGGCAGUGCUGAAACACCCACCUGAUCCCCUCGAAGAAUUUUACAUCACGACGAAGCUAAAAGAAACUGCUCCAGCCAGCCACAGAUCAUCGCGUGGCUUGGACCUCAAGGACCUAAACAAGCUCGCUAGGAACAUUGGCAAAUUUACCCCAAAUGUGCCAGGCAGUCAAGAGAUCAAAGGAUAUCUGCAAGAUGUCGACUUUCAUCUGGAAAUGAGACCCAGUACCACCGACAAAGAUAGACUUUAUUUGAUCCGAGCAACAUCCAGCUCAGAGGUUCGCAGUUUCCUGGACCGACAGCCGGCCCACACAAAGACUGAUUACAACCUGCUCAGAGAAGCCCUCAUCAAAGAGUUUGCUGACCCUGAGUCGGAACAAGAACUAGUGGCUGCCCUGGAGAUGAAACAAGGUGGUCAGGAAUCUUCCCAAUUGUUCUACAGCCGACUCAGACAAGCGUACUUCGGGACUCACAACGAACAGACAUGGCGGAAUACGUAAAUGGAUGCCUGAUGUUUUGCCAGUUCCAACCGGCAAACCCAAAACCACCGAGCACCACUACAACGGAAAGGAAUGACCUUCCCAUGGUCGGACCUCCAAAAAGAUUGGGUAGGACCCCUGCCACGGUCGACACGGGGAAACAAAUACUUCCUCGCCGUGGUUUGCGAAUUCACUAAGUGGGAAGAGUGUCUCCCAGCUCCAAACAAUACAGCAGAAAUGACAGCCUGCCUGUUAAUGAACCACAUCUUCUCAAGAUUUGGACUGCCUUUAAGAGUCAACUCUGACCGAGGAACCCACUUCACUGCCGAAGUCAUGCAGAAAGUAUGGAAACUGCUGGGCAUACAGGCCAAGCUUCAUUUAUGCCAUCACCCAAUUUCCUCAGGUCAGGUCAAACGACUCAACAGGACAGUGGCAAGCAUGUUGAAGAUUUAUGUAUUUUCCAAUCAAAAGGAUUUGGAUGUUAAGCUUCCUCUGGUACUGAUGGCCAUCAGGGCCACCCCUCACCGGUCUACCAGAGUAGCCCUGUUCGAAAUGAUGACAGGACGGCAAAUGACACUACGUUACACCUGCUGUACCAACCUGGUGACCUGAACCUCAUCAUCGCCUACACCAUUCACCAGCACCUGGAAGAGUUGCAUCAGCACCUAAGAGCGACUUUCGCCUUCGCGCAACAAAACCUCCAAAGAAGCGCGGAAGGUCAAAAGGCCUACUACGACCAAAAGGCCUCUCACCAGGAACUCAGUGUCAGAGACCAAGUGUGGUCCUACAGCUUCGCCCAACAAAGGCAGAAUGCUCCCCAUCGCCUGUCAAAGAAAUUCCUUCCUCACUGGACAGGCCCCAACGAGAUUGUGGACAAAUUCUCACCUGUUGCCUAUCGGAUCAAAAUCAGACAAGGGCGCAGCGAGCCAGUCCUUCGAUGGGUCCAUAAAACCCAGAUAAAGAGGCACCAGGGCUCCAAACGACAGAAAAAGGGGGUGGAUCAAACUGACUGACACAAACCAACAAUCCCAUGCUAUACACCACACUAAUGAUAACUAUCCUUUUAAGUCAACAUAUAGUUUGGUUUUACACAACACCUACACGCUCCUCCACAGCACUGCUAGGACCAACCCCUAGUGGAGAGGAGUUCUACACACAUGUGACACUCGGUUUACAUUCUUAACCUCAGUCAGUGUCCUUGUGUCUCUUUGUGUUUAUCUUUUCUCUUUCUCUUUGUGUUUUUCCUUUUCUUCCCUGACUAUAAUUUCCUUUCCCUUCUAGUCCUCAUCAGGAAACUCCCCUAACUCAACUCUAAAUCCAGGUCUAGAAAUUAGGAUUGACUCCUGUUACCCAAAAUUUUUUUUUUUGUAAAUCAUUGUCAUCAAAAGCCAUCAUCAUCUAAAUUAAGGCAAUCCAAGCCAACAUUGUCGGAAAACGAUGGCUAGUCAACACCUCAAUGCAUACAGCUACCGCCAUCUAUGAUCAACACGACAAGGUCAUGCACAUUAUCCUGCCUAGCCAAACUUUAUGGAUUAAUGUCCCUAAGGGCUCGAUCCUCCAGACUGCCGAUCUAGCGUUGUAUCACCUCACCGACGAUGAGUAUCAGGCUGAACUCGAAAUCUCACCGUUCUUCAAACAGCAUUCCUUCG